AUGUCUUCUGCUGUCAAUGAACUUGCCGAUACCAUGGCCUCCGUCACCGUCAACGAGGCCAACGGUGCUGCCCCGGCUGCUGCCGCUGCCAACCCAGACCCGUCCACCAUCAGCGCAGACGAGGGCCGCCGUUUGUACAUUGGGAACCUCGCGUAUGCGACCACCGAGGGGGAACUCAAGGACUUCUUCCAGGGCUUCAAUGUAGAGAGCACCUCUAUCCCUGUGAAUCCUCGCACUGACCGCCCUGUUGGCUACGCCUUUGUCGACCUUGCCACCGCUCAGGAGGCUCAGGAUGCUAUUGCUGCUCUGACCGGCAAGGAAAUCCUCGAGCGUAAGGUCUCCGUCCAGCUUGCUCGCAAGCCCGAUGAGCAGAAGCAACUGAAGGAGCAGAAGGAGCAGAAGGACAAGGAAGCUGGUGCCAGCGGUAACGAGGGCACCAGUGGCACAGAGGGACGCAAGAGGUCCUCCAACCGCGGCCGCGGACGUGGCCGGGGUCGUGGCCGUGGCGGCCGUCUCGGUCGUGGCGGACGUAAGACUGAAGAAGGCCACCCUGAAGGGGAGUCUGCCGAGCAGGCUGGCCUGAACGAAGUCACCAACGCCGACGGAGAAGCCCAGGAACAAAAGGGCCGUCGUCCUCGUGUCCGCCGUGGUCCUCCAGAGGAUGGCAUUCCUUCCAAGACCAAGGUCAUGGUUGCCAACCUCCCAUACGAUCUUACCGAAGAAGGCUUGAAGGAGCUCUUUGCUGCCUACGAGCCAGUUUCCUCGAAGAUCGCCCUCCGCCCCAUCCCCCACUUCAUGGUCAAGAAGCUCCAGGCCCGUGGUGAAGCCCGCAAGGGCCGUGGCUUCGGUUUCGUCACCCUUGGAUCUGAGGCCCUCCAGAUGAAGGCCGUCCAGGAGAUGCACGGUAAGGAUGUCAAUGGUCGUGAGAUCGCUGUCAAGGUCGCUAUCGACAGCCCCGGAAAGGAAGACGAAGUCCCAGAGGGCCAGGCUGAUGAACCAGCUGACGCUCCUGCUGCUGACUCUUCCGAGGCUGCCGCUGCCCCGACCACCGCUUAA